AGUUCAACGUGAGGUGGUCGAUUUUGUGCCUGGAUUAGAUUAGUAGCAAAAAGUGGAAUAACGUGUUUUCAAAGUUCGGUAAAGAAUUAACGCAACCGCACAGUGAAGUGUGUUUUCGAAAUUCAAUAUAAAAUGAUCGCUCAAUUCAUGAUGGAUCUCAAAACAGAUCAUCGCACAAGUCCAUCCCUAUACUUCCCACAUUCUCCGAAAAUGCCCGAAACCUGCCGUCCAGAUUCGACCGAUUCUGGAGUUUUGGAUUUAUCUAAACGGCGCGAUUCAUUAGAAACUCGCAAAACUCCGUCGCCAUACGCCAGUUUUAGCGAAGAAGGCUCCCCAACGAUGCAAAGAUCUCCACAUAAUGCCAGCAACGCUCUUCUGAUGAACUAUCAUGCAUCCAUUCAUCAUCCUCACCAUGGGCUAACAUUGAAAGCUCAGAUACCUUACGAAUCUCCGAACCAUAUGGAUCAUAACAGACAUCCUACUGGAUUCCAUUCUACCCAUGCGCUGCAUUUGCCUCAACAUCCCAUUAUUCCAAAGCAGGAAAAUGUGCCUCAACGUCCAGAGCUGUCACCCUAUUUACUACGAGCCGACGCUCUUCAACAACGGCCCCAGUUCCACCCAAGUCCAAUUCAUGCAUCACGCGAACACGAUUCCCUCUCUGAAUCUGGCUCCGAGGGACACAUCUCCAGUGGCUUGAAGCUGCAUCAAAUCAAUCAAUCCAACGAACCUGCCUCUAACGGAAAAUAUCCAAUGGUAGUUGGCCGCGAUGGCAAACUGGCGCGCCCUUUCAAAGCCUAUCCGCGAGAUCCGCUCAGUCUAGCAGCCGGCUUCAUGGCCAGUGACACCCUAUUGGAUGCCAAUUCAGCUGAAAAGUACAACAUGUUCCGCAAACGGAUGCUAGAGCAGAUUCACGCCGCUAACGGCGGUCAGCCAACAAUCUCGAACCCGAAGAUGCGUCGCCUAAACAAAUCCCUCAGCGACACGUCGGAAACAGAAAGCGUAUCGGACAAAAUGCCGGAACCGUCAUCCAUGCCGCCAAAUGCCACACCCACCGAGCAGCACCCCGGCAGCGACGCCGACGGCAACAACAGCAGCAAUGGCGGACCAAAUGGAAUGGCAACCAAAGACUCCGCCUACUACGAGCGGCGUAAGAAAAAUAACGCCGCUGCAAAGAAAUCGCGCGAUCGAAGGCGAAUCAAAGAGGACGAAAUUGCCAUCCGGGCAGCUUUCCUGGAGCGCGAAAACAUUGAGCUGAAAUUUGAGCUGGCCGCUGCGCGGAAGCAACUGGCGCUUUACGGCGUGGUGGCGGGCGGGUCGCCGUGAGAUUGACCUCCAGCCAUCAAGUAUGACGAACGGUGUGUAAAUAGGGUGUAAAGUUCCUUUGUCCGAGCCGACGAUUCCUAAGCUUAGUGUGGAUAAGUUUGAUCUCUGAAUAAGACUGUAUAGACGACUGAAAGACUGAUUGAUUAUUUUAUAAGGCUAUAGAAUUAAAUAAAAA